AAAAUCCCAUCUGUCCCUCUGCGCUGCUUCGAAACCUUCGCUCUUCUUCUUCUUCUUCUUCUUCUUCUGUAUUUUCUCCGGAUCGGUUUUUGGAAACGGCGGUGCGGCGAUGGUGAAACCGGGAUACUUGAAAAUGACGACGGAUUCCGACGCCGUAGAUCUGCUUUCUUCUGAUCUUCGGGAACUCGGUAAUGCUGCUAAGAAGCUUGCUACACACGCCGUCAAGCUCGGUAGCGCGGGUUUCGGCGCUGCUUUCCUCCAGUGGAUUGCUUCGUUUGCUGCUAUUUAUUUGUUGGUUUUGGAUCGAACGAACUGGAAGACGAAUAUCCUUACAUCACUGUUGAUUCCGUACAUUUUCUUCAGUCUUCCCGGGGUGAUUUUUGGUUUCUUCAGGGGAGAUGUUGGAAAAUGGAUCGCCUUCAUUGCUGUUGUGCUGCGUCUUUUCUUCCCCAAACAAUUCCCAGAUUGGCUUGAACUGCCCGGCGCUUUGAUACUUCUCGUCGUGGUGGCUCCGGGGUUAUUUGCAAGCACCGUGAGGGGCGACGCCAUCGGAGAAGCAAUCUGUCUGGUCAUAUCAUGCUAUUUGCUGCAAGAACACAUCAGAGCCUCUGGUGGAUUCAGAAACUCCUUCACCAAAGCCAGUGGCAUUUCAAACACCAUUGGAAUCAUCCUCAUCUUUGUGUAUCCUGUCUGGGCACUGGUACUUCGUUUCCUUUGAAUUAGUUUCAAAUGCAUUAUAUAUAUAUAUAUAUAUAUAUUGUCUUUGAAUUGUUUGUGAAUUGUGAAAUUUGUUGUAGAAGUUUGUUUUACUUUUUCAAUUUUUCCAAUUGGGUGUGGUUGUAUUGUAGGCUGCAUCAGUGUAAAGUUAUAUUGAGAAGCUUCUCAUAAAAUAUUUAUCUAUCUUUCAUUUCUUGUUCUGUGGAACAAAAUGUUAAACAGUGGUGGUACCUGUGUUAUUGAUUGAA